GGAGGCAAUAGAGAGGGCUUGGCCAGGAGGGGAGAGAUAGAGAGCUCUGCUUUAGCCAUGUUGGGCUUGAGCUGACAGCUAGGUAGGCACAAGGAGAUGUCCCAGAGACAGGCUGAGGUGUUCAUUUGGCCAGCAGGAGAUGGGGCUGGUGCAGAGAGGCAAAUGGUGCUGGCAUCUAAGCUUUCAUCAGCUGAUCUGUGCCCCCCUGCUGGACCCUCGUGCCCAGACAGCUGGGUCGGAUACCGAGGGAAAUGCUACUAUUUCUCCGAGAGGGAAGGGAGCUGGACGGACAGCCAGAGCCGCUGCUCUGCCCCGGGUGCCUCCCUGGCUGGGAUCGACAGUGAGCAGGAAAUGGCGUUCCUGCUGCGCCAUAAGGGUGUCUAUGACCACUGGAUCGGCCUCCGGAGGGAGCAGGGUCAGCCCUGGACAUGGGCCAAUGGCACCGAAUUCAACCACCUGUUUCAGAUAAGAGGAGGAGGUGACUGCGCGUAUCUUAACAACGAGAAAGGGGUCAGCAGCUCACGGUGCUACAUGGAAAGACGGUGGAUCUGUAGCAAACCUGAGGUGUAUGUGAUGGGAAAAGAGACUGCACUGGAAGGGGGCUCGAAAUGAGACUCCUAGAAGUGACACUGAUCCAACUCACACCUACUUGAACGAGCCAAGUCCCCAUUCGUCAGCCUGGCCAGGAUCUCAAAAUCAGGCAGCGGGGCCCUCAAGCAUUAAGUGUGUCUCGUUUAAACUGUGGAUUCUUCGUAUGUGCCUUCUGCUUUUGAACCUUUAAACUCAGGGUCACAUUGUCAAGCUUUUCUCUGCAGCUGAGAGGGAGUGAUCUCAUGAGAAGGAGUCUCAGCCACACGCUGGGGAAAUGAGAGAAGGGAAGGCCUUGUUCGUUUAGACUCCAGAACAGCAUUUCUCAAAUGCAGCCACCAGCUGAUUGUUUUGCAGCCACAAGAGCCUCCAAAGUGCCCCAAGAAUCGCUGAGAUGUUAAGUAAUAAAGGUGCCUUCUAAAUGCCAUAAAUCCUAAUGCGCGCUCCCUUUUAAAUAGUACCAUGCCAGCAGAGCUGAGCUACAUCGGUGUGGUUUUCUUUGAAGUCGCAAAGUGUAUUCUUUGGCUAAGAACAUAAGAAGGGCCAGACUGGGUCAGAGCAAAGGUCCAUCCAGCGCAGUAUCCUGUCUGCCGACAGCAGCCAACGCCAGGUGCCCCAGAGGGAGUGAACCUAACAAGCAAUGAUCAAGUGAUCUCUCUCCUGCCAUCCAUCUUCACCCUCUGACAAACAGAGGCUAGGGACACCAUUCCUUACCCAUCCUGGCUAAUGGCCAUUCAUGGACUUAACUUCCAUGAGUUUAUCCAGUUCUCUUUUAAACCCUGUUAUAGUCCUAGCCUUCACAACCUCCUCAGGCAAGGAGUUCCACAGGUUGGCUGUGCGCUGUGUAAAGAAGAACUUCCUUUUAUUUGUUUUAAACCUGGUGCCCAUUAAUUUCAUUUGGUGGCCCCUAGUUCUUGUGUUAUGGGAACAAGUAAAUAGCUUUUCCUUAGUCACUUUCUCCGCACCACUCAUGAUUUUAUAGACCUCUAAUCACUGUGGUUACAUCUCAUGUUACUGUAGCUCUGUAAGUGGCUAUGGGCCAUCUCACUGCGUGGUGUUUGGGUAGGUUGUGAUUGUUCAUGGGGGGGAGGUGAAAGAGUUAAAAAUGUGACUGGGUAUCAGAAAGUAUUUCAAAUAAUCUAGUGCCAGAAAAUGACCUUGAAUGUGACAGCAGGUGGCUCCUCUGGGACCUUCUGCUAAGAAAAGCAAAACAGAGAAAGAAAAAGGAACACUUCAGCACCAGGGGGAAAGGCAGUUUCCUGUGUUUCUGAAGCUAUCCGAUUCCGUUUCUGAGCAAGUUGCAGUGUGAGAGAGAAAUUCAUCAAAUUGAAACGUAUGUCAUGCUACAUCCCUACAGCACUCGUGCAAGGGAAGUUGAACCAAAUUACCACGGUGAGCUUCAGAGGCGCAAGCUGUUAAAUGAUGCAAAAACCAAGCUGAAAAGACAACAGCAAUGGCUCAGAUUUUGUUGUUGCUAUUAUCAUUAUUAUUACUGGGCUAGGUUGAUUGGGUUUUUUUGUCUGUGAAAGAAAUUUUGGACAUAUUGGCAGAUACAUUCUUUCAUUAUUAGUCAUUAUUCUUUCUAUUAUGUAAAGCAUUUUUAAAUUUAGUUCAGAAUUGUUGUACAGCCGUCCACCUUUGACCAAAAAAGCAAAAGAACAACAAAAAAGACAAGACUGUGCAAAGCACUGGUUUGUUCUGUGUUUAGGUCCAGUAAAGAUAGGACACAACUGUACCUUAUAUUUAUUAUUGAGUCUGCAAAAAAUCCCUAUGUAAAUAUGCACAUGUAAUUUAUUUGUUUGUUUUUCCUACAGUUAGUUAAGUAUUGUCAGAGCCGCAUGCUGAGGCUGCCAAAAAUUUGUGAGAACCCCGGCUCUAGAAAGUGUGAGGAUUUGGUUUUCUAUGUAACCAUUACUUUCCAGUAUUUAUUUAUUCACUCUCGCUUGCAUCUCUGUUCUUUGAUGAUAAACUCAUUCCUGUUUUCUGUA